AUGGGAAACUGUUGCAAGGCAUCAUCGUCAAUGGAGUGGGAUGGACAAGACUGUGGAUCUUUGAAGUCAUCAAGCAACAAGGUGUUUGUCGAAGCUGUUCAUCUUGAUCAUCAUCAGGACAAGGAGAAUGAUAUAUUGGAAAAGCUUAGAGCUUCUUGUGAUGCAAAUGGGAAAGUGACGUUGAAGAUUUCAAAGAGCGAGCUAGCUGAAUUAUUAGGAGCUAUACAACAGAAUAAUGAUAAUCAACGACCGCAGAAGGAGGAAUUAGCUUCAGCGGAACAAGUUCUGUCUCGGCUAAUGAAAGCUAGAGAUCAAGAAAUUGCAGAAAAGCAUCACUGCAGUAGUAACUGGAAACCGGUGCUAGACACUAUUCUUGAAUGA